ACAAAACUCGUAGGAGUUUGAGCAAAGGUAGAGGCAGAAGAAGAGAAGGAAAAAAAAAACACAAAAAACAAAAGGCCAUGCAGACCUUAAUAGAAUCAAUCCUCCCUACAGACUCGUCUGCAACCCUGCCUCUUGUCCUUCUUCUAUUCUCAAUCGUCUUCCUCAUCAUAGUCAAACAAAAAUCCUCCAAUAAACUACCUCUCCCUCCAGGUCCAAGACCAUGGCCCAUUGUAGGCAACCUUCCCCACUUGGACAAGAAAAUGCAUGUCUCCAUGGCCGACCUGGCGAAAACCCAUGGCGGUCUCAUGUCCCUCCGUCUUGGCACCCAACUCGUCAUAGUCGGCUCUUCCCCUGAAGCAGCCACCGAAAUUCUCAAGACCCACGACAAGGAACUUUGCGGCCGCCACGUCCCCAUGGUUUCCUUUGCCACCGACCCCAAACUCAACAAGGACUCCAUUGCGUGGUCCUACGAGUGCGGCAAAGAAUGGAUGGCUUUUCGUGCCCUCAUGAGGACAGAGCUAUUUUCCACCAAAAUCGUUGAAACCCAGUACCAUGUUAGGGAGAAAAAUGUUCGUGCAAUGGUGGAUUAUCUGAGCAGGAAACAAGGUGAGCUGGUGGCCAUGAGAGACGUUGUGUACAUCUAUACAUUUAACACAUUGGGAAACGUCUACUUCACGAGGGAUUUUAUGGAUUUCGAUGGAGAAGAAGGGAGGAGAGUGAGUGCUCUUGUAAGGGAAAUGAUGGAGUUGUGGAGCGCACCAAACAUUUCAGACCUCUACCCAAUUUUGAGCAGAUUCGAUCUUCAAGGACUUCGUAAGAAGGCUGAUGUUUGCGUUAAAAAAAUGUGCGAUCUAUGGGACCACAGCAUCAGAGAAAGAAGAGAGAUCAGGGGCAAGAGUCGCCAUGAUAGUAGCGAUUUGGCGCCCAAGAACAAAGAUUUUCUGGACAUCUUACUGGAGUCUGGAUUUGAUGAUGAACAAAUCAGUUACAUUUUCCUGGAGCUUUUAGCAGCUGUAUCUGAUGGCAGCACGUCAACAGUGGAAUGGGCCUUGGCAGAGAUGGUGAAGAAUCCCGAAGCUAUGAAGAAGGCUCGUGAAGAACUUUCAGAGCAAAUUCCUGAAAAAUUUGUAUGUGAAUCGCAGUUACCCAGACUCCCUUACCUGCACGCUUGCAUUAAAGAAACACUAAGACUGCACCCACCUGCACCAGUUUUGUUGCCACGUCGAGCAGCGCAAGACUUAGAAAUCAUGAACCACACCAUCCCCAAGAACGCCCAAGUCCUGGUCAACGUUUGGGCGAUCGCAAGAGAUGAGAAAAUCUGGAAAGAUCCCAUGAGUUUCAAGCCAGAAAGGUUCAUCAACUCUAGUGUGGACUACAAAGGCAAUGAUUUUGAGUACUUGCCAUUUGGUGCGGGUAGGAGAAUCUGCGCUGGGUUGCCCAUGGCUUCCAGACAAGUUUUGUUGGCUUUGGCUAAUUUAAUUCACCAAUUCGAAUGGUCACUUCCUGACAAUUUACGACCAGAGCAACUUGACAUGGAAGAGUUGUUUGGUGUUACCUUGCUCAAAGAGAAUCCUCUUGCCCUCAUACCCAAAAAAAAAUUCUGAAAAUUUUCUAGUUUGUUGACGAAUUUCCUUUAGUUUUUGGCCAUGUAAUAAAUUUCUUUUAUCAUAAACUUCAGGCUACCAUGCUUUGGUCAUUGCUUGUGCCGUGUUAAAUAUUAUACCUCUAGAUAUAUAUGAUCAUCUUAAUGAAUUGAAGGUUCCUCCUAAA